AUGACGUGGAAAAACUUACACGAACAAGAAAUUCUAGAUUUAUUAGAAGAUGGAAAUAUCUCAGAUAUAGGAAGCAUAGAUAAUGAUGAAGAGAUAUUCCCAAUUAACGAAUUUGAUGAAUUAAUGGACAUUUUUGAUAAUGAUGAGGAAAAUACAUCGAAUGAAGUACCUGAAAAUCUUGAAAUAUCAAAUUCACUUGUACAAUAUCAUGUUACUAAUAAAAAAGAUAUAAAAUGGGUACAACAACCAUUUGAAAACUUAAAAUUAAAUUUAGACGAUAUAGAAUCUGUAAUUGCACCAGCAUCAAUGCCUGCUCCUAUUGACUAUUUCAAUAAAUAUUUUUCAAAUGACUUCUAUGAACAAAUUGCAUAUAACACAUUAUUAUAUACAGUCCAAAAGGGAAUACAUUUUUCACCGACAAAUGCUCAAGAAAUAAAAUGUUUCAUAGCUAUUCAUAUUAUCAUGGGAACCCUUAAAUUCCCACGUGUACGUAUGUAUUGGGAGGAAGCUUACCGUAUAAAUACUGUUGCUAAUAAUAUGACUAGAGAUAGAUUUUUUCAACUUAGAUCUAAUUUUCAUAUAAUAGACAACGUUAGCAUACCACCGAAUAAUAAAGACAAAUUUAUUAAAGUCCGCCCGUUAUAUAAUUUAAUAAAAAAGCAAUGUAACAGUUUGAUCAAGGAGAGAAAUCUUAGUAUCGACGAGCAAAUGGUGCCUUUCAAGGGUAAUCUAUCAAUAAAGCAAUACAUAAAAGGUAAGCCAUGUCCAUGGGGAAUCAAAAUUUUUGUACUAGCUGGAAGUAAUGGUAUGGUGUAUGACUUCAUAUUGUACCAAGGAUCAAACACUGAAAUAAACCAAGAUUUACAAAAAAUUUUCGGAAUUGGUGGUUCUAUAGUACUACAGUUGGCCGAAGGUAUAAAAAAAAAUUCCCACUAUCUAUACUUCGACAACUUUUUUUCUUCAUAUCAAUUAUUCGAACGUUUAUAA